AGAAUGUUUGAUAUGAAAGGAAGGUUGGAGAUUGGCCUAUAAUUAGCUAAGACUGCUGGGUCUAGAGAUGGCUUUUUAAGUAACGGUUUAACUACUGCCAGCUUGAAGGCCUGUGGUACAUAGCCAAUUAUUAGAGACAGGUUGAUCAUUUUUAAGACUGAAGCAUUAAUUAAUGGUAGGACUUCUUUCAGCAUUUUUGUAGGAAUGGGGUCUAAAAGACACGUUGAUGGUUUGGAGGAAGUAAUUACUGAAGUUAACUCAGAAAGAUCAAUUGAAAAAAAGACUCUCAAUGAAUAUCAAUGGUACUGAAAGUAGCUGUCGAUAAUGUUACAUCUGUGAUUGUGAGUCAUUAUGAUUAUGAGUCUUUUGUGGGGGGGGGCUCUGAUUUUUUUGUCAGCCUGGCUACAGUGCUGAAGAGAAACCUAGGGUUCUUAUUUUCCACAGGGUUCAGAUCUUAUUUUCUUCAAUGAGUGAUGAAUAGCAAGAUGUUAUAACUUUACGGACGCUUUUCUUAUAAAGCAAGAAAACUAUAUUUGUCCUCUAACAUCAUAAAUGUCUGUCCACAGGGUGUGUGGCAUGUUAUGGAGGGAAUCUUCCUUUUUUACAUCUUUAUUUAAUAUUCACUCUGCUGCUGUGCAUGAUGGAUGUCCUUUUGUUCAGCUGUCCUUUUCUUUUACAAAUAUGAAUGUGUUCUCCCUUAGAAAAAAAGAAUAAACCUGCAGGCCUAUGUGAGCUUAUAUUGAUGUUCUUAGUUUAUACACUAGUUUAUACCCAAUAAAAAGCUAUUCUAUUCUAUUCUAUUCUAAGCUUAAUUACAGCAUGUGUUUGUAUGUAAAUAUAAUUACACUGUAAUUUUACAUAAAAUCUAAACAUGUAAUGAUGCCCAUAGCCUCAGACCAUGUUACGACAUGUUACUGACAUGUCUGUAAUUCUGAGCAGUCCUUGAAGAACUUUAUUAAAGCCGAGAGUCUGAACUUCACUGAUGGCCUGAGAGUCGUCUGAGGUGAAGCAAAACUACAAGAAAUAAAUCAUAUGUAACACUGCUGUGACACUUUAACCCCCGAUAGCACGAGAGGAACCACAACAGGAAGCUGACACGACAGAUCAUACAAAAUGAUUUUUAUCAGCAAACACACACACACAUACACACAGAGCCUUUAAUCUUACAGCAGCGACCCCUGAAUGUUAUUAAUAUCCGUCUCCACAGGAGGUAUAAAUAAAGUUCAGUGUGAAUAAAGACGAGGUGACGAGGCCUUCAGCACAAAAAUGAAAAAAUUCAGACUUUUAUUUUUUAUCACAGUGUGAGAGGAAGCUGAUGUCAUAGUAAUGUGUGCUCGGCCAGGCACACACACACACACACAGAGGGCAGGGUAAAGAGGAAGGCUCGCGCUGAGGUUUCUCACUGCUUCGUAUUUCUCUUUAAUCGCAGCGUUUAGUAUUUGUUGGAUGCCGCGCAGCUGCAUCAUUGCCCUCGUCAUCCUUGUCCUCACCUGUGCGGGAUCAGCAGCCGGCUUCAUCAUCCACCGUCACACCUGCUGGAAACAGAGGCUGAAGCUCAGAGGUGGCACUUUGAAUCUUCAGGUGUGUUUUUCCUGCUUUUCAUCAUUUACUCUGCAGAGGAUUUGAUAUCCAACCAAUCAUACACCACGAAGAUGUCCAACCAAUCAUACACCACUGACAUGUCCAACCAAUCAUACAGCCCAAAGAUGUCUGAAGAUGAAAAUAACUAUAAUGGCAGUGACAACCUAGAUUAUGAUGGAUUUUGUCUUUUUCACAACAACCAGAGUGUGGUGGAUGUGAUUGGCCCGUACGUUCACUCCAUCAUCUGCAUCCUGGGCCUUGUGGGGAACAGCCUGGUCAUUGUCACCUACGCCUUCUACAAGAGGACCAAGUCCAUGACUGACAUCUACCUGUUCAACGUGGCCAUCGCCGACCUGCUGUUCGUGCUGGCGCUGCCAUUCAUUGUCUACAACGAGCUGUGGUCAUGGCCGAUGGGGCAGGUGGCCUGCAAGCUGCUGCGUGGCUCCUACAGCGUGAACCUGUACAGCGGCUUGCUGCUGCUCGCCUGCAUCAGCACCGACCGCUACAUCGCCAUCGUCCAGGCUCGACGCAGCUUCAGACUGCGCUCGCUAUCAUACAGCCGCAUCAUCUGCGCCAUCAUCUGGAUCUUCGCUAUACUCGUGUCCGUCCCCACCUUCUACUUCUACGACUGGUACGAGCCGUCACACACCAAUAGCAUCAUGAUGAACGAUGAUAACCAAAGCGAGAUCCUGAGUUCUGAGUAUGUCUGUGAGUUCAAGUUUAAAGACCGAGACACAGCCAUGGCGGUGAAGGUGGCCGUCCCCAGCACCCAGAUCAGCGUGGGUUUCUUCCUGCCACUCUUCAUCAUGAUCUUCUGCUACAGUGCCAUCAUCGACACCCUGCUGAAGGCCAAAAAUCUCCAGCGGCACAGAGCGGUGCGGGUGGUGCUGGUGGUUGUGGCCGUUUUCAUCAUCUGCCACCUGCCCUACAACAUAGUGCUGCUGUACGACACGGUCACCAUGUUUCAGCAGCGCUCGUGUGAGGAGGCGGACAUGCUGGAGAUGGCCAAGACGGUGUUGCAGACCAUUGCUUACAUGCACUGCUGCCUGAACCCGGUGCUGUAUGCCUUCGUGGGGGUGAACUUCAGGAACCACUUCAGGAGGAUCUUCAGGGACCUGUGGUGUCUCGGAAAGAAGUACAUGUCCCCACGCCGCUUCUCCAGAGUCACAUCCGACUUCUACAUGUCCUCCACUCGGCGGUCAAUGGAUGGGUCCAGCAACAGUGGCGCUUCUUUCACCAUGUGAAAACAUCAGUGGGUUGAUCUCUGAAGCUCCAGGUCUCUAAUACUGAACCUGAUUCACUUCUGUCGCACCGACGAGAUUCCUCAAGAUAAAGAGAUCUAACCCUAUGCUGCAGCUCUUGUUUUGCUUCAUUAUUUUAAUUAUUAUUUUUGAAAUAUCCCAACUCCUGCAUUUUCUCUCUUUUGUGAUUAUUUUGUGAGUAAUGACUGAAGAUGAGUCUCCUGCAGAGCCUCCUGCUGUCGUUACUACACAAAUGAAGCCCAGAGCUCAAUGCUUAUCAUCUCUUGCAGCUGAAUGAUGAUGAGCUCUAAGCGAGGACUAAAAUGACCUUAAAGAGUUUCUCUGACUGAUGUGUUCCUGAAACACUGAUGGCGACUGGAAACUUCCCAACAGACCGAGUGUUUCCUGUCUUCUGAAGGUCUCAGAAAGAAUGCUGAAACAGGCUCUGCUGUUCAGUCCUGCACACCUGAAAUAUUCCUGUGCUCAGGUAAAAUAGCCAUGUCACCUGCAAAGGCAGCAAUAAUCAGCUGCCUCUAAAAUGAGUCCCUCCGCCCACAGCUGAAUCCUUGGUCCUGGUUCUGCUCAUGAAGCAGUUCUCCACCUGCUGCACCUUCUGGUUAGAGAAACCCUCCAGAACAGAAGCAGAACUAAAUCCACUCUAAUCGGACCAUCAGUAUCAGGAACCCCGACAGCAAGCACGUGAAUUUUCAAAUUAAGAGCGAAGGGGAUUGUCCAAUCCCUAACACACCUGGUAAGCUUGCUGUAGUAAACCAACACCUUCAGACCAACACCUUCCAACUCCGUUUGGUCUCCUAAACGUCGUCAGAGUGGAAACCAACAUGUUUGGUUACAAUGUCUGCAAUUGCUUUGUGAAAACUUUUAAUGAGCUGUUUUUACUGGAAUCACUGCCGGCCACCGCCCAUCGAUGAAGAUCCAUAAAAGAUGGCUGGCAUGGCCUGAAGUACUGGUCAUCAGGGAUCAGGCUUAGAGUUUGGUUGUGUUCCAGCCAGAUGAUCAAUGUUACAGUGAUUCUGUCAUGUAAGUGUGUCACACAGUAAAAGAUAGCCAUAUAAGGGAGGAGCCUAACCCUGACCCCUGAUCCAAUAGAAGGUUCCUCAGCAGACUAACUGGACAUUGACCAUUAAAACCUACCGGCAAACAACAGCUGAUAGGCUCCAUCACCCACAUGACAGGCAUGUUUUAAAUCCUUUUUUAACGUUUUGUACCUAAGAAUGUAUUUUUUAUGUUAAUUUGCUGUUUGUCAUUUCAUUCAUAUCAGAGCUGUGCGAGUGGUCUGCAUUGAUGCAAAUGUAUAAUCCUAAUCUGCUCACAGGUGAUUUCCAGGAUUAAGAAUUGAAACUUUUCAGAGGUUUUCACAUCCUCAUUUAAGCCGUGAUGAAAUUCAGGUUUUCAGUUUUAAUUUCGUCUCAAGGCUCAAACAUUUAGAAAACUCUGCUUUAGUUCAUAUCCAACUCUUAUUUGUUGUGAUUCCUCUCAUUCUUUUUUUUCAUACUUGGGUUUAUUUUUAUGACACUGAAUGUAUCCUUUGAAUGUAAUAUUACAGCUCAUCUGUCAGAUUUGUGCCUUUCAGAAUAAAUGCAGUUUAUUUCGUCUA